CGCAAAGCGCAGUGUUAGAUUACCACCUCGACGUUGUAGACGCAAUACAACGAGCAUAUCGAGUAGUUGAUUUAGCCAAGGAAAAAAAAAGACAUCUACCAUUCGUUUAUAUCAUUUAUUUCGAUUAUAGAUUCUAUCGUUAAUUAGUUAUCGCAUAAUCAAAAGUUCAUCGAUCAUGGAGACCAUUUUGCCGAACAAGUUGUCACCUACCGCUCGAAUUGGAGAUACUAACAUCGAGCAGAAGGGAAAAACAAAUUUUGUUAAAGAUACUAAGAAAAUGACGAGAUAUACGUUGGCGGAUUCCGCCGAUUCCGUGAUCAACGCCGCUAUGGAUUAUCACAUUGAAAUUAUAACGAGGGACGACAAGCACAGGGUAUUGAAAUUUCUCAGGAGAUUUUUCUUCCGAGAUGAACCUCUUAAUCAAAAUAUCGCUCUUAUACCGGAAGGAGAAAAUAGCACGUGUCUCGAAUUGGAAGACUAUUGUAGUAAAUCUUCCCUUGAAAACAAUCUAAGUUUAAUGGCUGUAUCAUCAACCGGUGCCAUCAUUGGCGUUUUAUUAAAUGGAAAAUUAGAGCCAUGCGAGGAAGACGAACCAGAUUAUAUAGAAAACUGUGAAAAUCUUAAAUUCAGAAAGAUAUUAAGGUUUUUGCAUUAUAUGGAUAAGAGAGUGAAUGUUGGGAAAUUUCAAGAUCAAAAUAUAUUAGAAAUAAGAAUAAUCUCUGUUGAUACUAAUUGGAGAGGCAAAGGUAUUGCCAAAGCACUUAUUGAAAAAACAAUAGAGAUCGCUAAGGAACACAAUUUUCAAGCAAUACGUGUUGAUUGUACAUCCAUGUUCUCUGGAAAAUUAUGCGAACGACUUGGUUUUGAAAUAAUAUAUCAAGUGAAAUAUUCUGAUUACGUUGACGAAAAUGGUAAACCUAUUUUUACACCUGCUCCUCCACAUAUGGCUGCUAACUCAUAUAUCAAAAGAUUAUAAAAUAAUCGUUUGCAAUCAAAGAUUAUGAAAAGAAUAAUUAAUGUAAUAUUAAGUAAGAGAAAAAAGAAAGCAACA